UGCAAGGUAAAGGUUAAAAAUCUCAUAUCAUUCCAACUUUGAGCUCCACGUUAGCAGUACGAUCUCUGCUUUACACAGCAAAAAUGACUACAGACACAAUGUCUCCAAAGAUCACGGUGGAGCUGCUCCGGCAGCUCCGGCAGGCCAUGAAGAACAGCAAGUACAUCACUGAGCCUAUCCAGGCCUACAUCGUUCCGUCAGGAGACGCACAUCAGAGUGAAUACAUUGCGCCGUGUGACUGUCGGCGGGAGUUCAUCUGUGGAUUCAACGGAUCUGCUGGUACUGCUAUAGUCACAGAACAGCACGCGGCUUUAUGGACCGACGGCCGAUACUUCCUGCAAGCCAGUCAACAGAUGGACAACAACUGGACUCUCAUGAAAAUGGGACUGAAGGAAACGCCAUCGCAGGAGGACUGGCUCAUCAGUGUCCUUCCGGAAAACUCCAAAGUCGGAGUCGAUCCCUGGAUCAUUGCUGCUGAUCAGUGGAAGAACAUGUCAAAGGCUCUGAGUGGUGCGGGCCACUCUUUAGUGGCGGUGCAGGACAAUCUGAUCGACGCCAUCUGGGAGGAUCGACCUUCUCGACCCAGCACCAAACUCACUGCCCUCGCCCUCAAAUACACCGGUUUCACCUGGCAAGAUAAAAUCACGACUCUGAGAGGGAAAAUGUCCGAAAGGAAGAUCUCCUGGUUUGUUGUCACUGCUCUGGAUGAGAUUGCAUGGCUUUUUAACCUGCGCGGGUCAGAUAUCGAGUACAACCCUGUGUUCUUCGCCUACGCCAUCAUCGGCAUGAACAGCAUAAGAUUGUUUGUGGACAGUAAGCGUUUAUCGGACCCUGCGAUUCGGGAGCACCUGGAACUGGACAGUCCGAGCAAACCGGAUCUGAGCGUUCAAUGUUUUCCGUACGAGUCCGUUUAUACAGAGCUGCAGGCGGUUUGUGCAGCGCUGGAGCCCAAAGACAAGAUGUGGAUCUGCGACAAAGCCAGCUGCGCACUUACACAAGCUAUACCUAAAUCCCACAGAUCUGCCAUCCCAUACACACCCUUAUGUCUGGCUAAGGCUGUCAAAAACGCCACCGAGAUCCAGGGCAUGAAGAUGGCACAUAUCAAAGAUGCUGUGGCGCUGUGUGAACUUUUUGCCUGGCUGGAGAAAGAGAUUCCCAAAGGUACGGUUACAGAAAUAUCAGCUGCAGAUAAAGCAGAAGAGUUGCGGAGUCAGCAGAAAGAGUUUGUUGGACUGAGUUUUCCAACCAUUUCUAGUGUGGGGCCAAAUGGUGCCAUAAUACAUUACAGGCCUCUUCCAGAGACCAACAGGACUCUUUCUCUAAAUGAAGUUUAUCUUAUUGAUUCUGGAGCUCAAUACACAGAUGGAACUACAGAUGUGACUCGUACGGUACACUUUGGGACUCCCUCUGAAUAUGAAAAGGAAUGCUUUACAUAUGUCCUAAAAGGACACAUUGCUGUCAGUGCUGCAGUUUUCCCUAAUGGAACUAAAGGUCACCUGUUGGACUCAUUUGCUCGUGCUGCCCUCUGGGACUCUGGGUUGGACUAUCUUCAUGGUACCGGUCAUGGCGUCGGAUGUUUUCUUAAUGUCCACGAGGGUCCGUGUGGCAUCAGCUACAAAACUUUCGCAGAUGAACCUCUGGAGGCUGGAAUGAUUGUCAGCGACGAGCCUGGAUACUAUGAAGAUGGAUCCUUUGGUAUUCGGCUGGAAAAUGUGGUUCUUGUGGUUCCUGCCACAACCAAAUAUAACUACAGAAACAGAGGUAGUCUGACAUUCGAACCCCUCACCUUGGUGCCCAUCCAGCUGAAGAUGAUCAACACAGACCUGCUCACACAGAAAGAGCGUGAUUGGGUAAAUGACUACCACAGGAAAUGCCGGGAGACCAUUGGGGCAGAGCUAGAGCGGCAAGGCCGGAAGGAGGCUCGUGAUUGGCUGAUUCGGGAAACUCAGCCAAUUGUCUAAAAGCAUUACUUACAGAUUAUUUUUGACAUCAUCAUAAGAAUCACCAGUGAUUUCCCCCCUCCCUGGCGUUCUCUCUCAGUCUACUUUUCUGGUGCAUAUUUCACUUUCUGCUUUUUUUGUAAAGCACGCUCUCAGCUGUUUUAUGCUCUAAAUAAAAGCUGUGUGAGAAAAGA